GUAUUUUUAUCAUUUUUCUUUCACCUCAUAUUUGGUGUCAAAUGCUGAUACUAUGGGGGAAUGCAUAAAGCGAUGUAAUCAUCUCUCUGGAAAAACUUGGCUGAAACUUGAACUGGUGGAUGCUGACAUGGAAAAUAGGAAGUCCUAGUCAAGAAAAAAAGGCAAAUGACACAUGACGAGUGCUUGGACAGAAAGGAUUUCAGACGCCGUGAAAAGUGCCAAGCGACCGCUUAACAAAUGCGCCACAUAAACCUGCAUGGAAAAAGACGGUCCUGGAGUGAGGCCGCCACCUAGAGGACAAAAGUGUUCAUGCUUCAAUACCAAACAUGACAUGCACACCUUCCACUUUAACAGUUGGGCCAUCAGCUUUUGGAGCAUUAGCUCACGCACAGUAGCUCAAAGUAUAUCCACUUUGGUCUGAGCAGCUGCUGUUGUUUAUUGACCCGGAGUGACUGAACCAGCACGCCACGUGUCCCCGCCCCCUUACAGCAGCAUGUACUUGAGAGACGGCAGCUGCUGCUAACUGUGAGCACCUCUGAGCACUGGUCACAAGUAGCAGUGAGGGGAAAAAAAACCCUUUCAAUUAUUAAGCAUUAGGCCCCACUUAUCACAAUGCAUUGCCUGAAAACUCUGAGGACGGCUAACCCCGGAAUCUUGCAGCUAUUUAAAAAUGCAGCAAUCUCGGCCAGAGUUGGAGCUGACAGCAGUGUUUUGUCCAGGACGCAGCAAGCUGUUCUUCUGCCCUGCUGGGUCACAGCAUCACCUCACACUCACAGAGCCCUUCAUCACCACACGGGUCCUGAUGUGGACCAAGGAGACACCAAGUUGAUGUCCAGUAUGGAGGACUUGCUUUUCUACACCAUCACCGACGGCAAAGAGAUGAUCCCCCUCUCGCAGUUCAUCUCAGCUUUGAGAAAAACAGGUCUGCGGACUUCUGACCCUCGGCUGCGUGACUGUUUGCGUCAGAUGCGACAAUUCACACUUGACUCUCUCGGGCCGGUCAUGAUGGAUAAGACGCUCUUCAGAAGGUAUGUUGGUAACAACAUCAUGCUGCUGACCAAGGCCUUCAGAAAACUGUUCAUCAUCCCGGACUUUGAGGUUUUCACUGAGAAAAUCAAUGAGAUGUACAAGAAUGCACAACAGCAGGAUGGAGGCCAGGUGGCUGAUUACAUUCCUCAACUUGCAAAAUUCAGCCCUGACCUAUGGGGUGCGUCUCUUUGCACCAUUGAUGGACAAAGACACUCUGUGGGUGACACCAAGGUUCCCUUCUGUCUGCAGUCAUGCAUCAAGCCUUUGGAGUACGCCAUCGCUGUGCACGAGCUCGGCAGCGAGCAUGUGCACCAAUUUGUGGGCAAAGAGCCCAGUGGAUUCAGAUUCAACAAACUGUCCUUGAAUGACGAAGAUAAGCCGCACAACCCAAUGGUGAAUGCUGGAGCUAUCGUUAUCAGCUCUUUAAUAAAGCCCGACACAAAUAAAGCAGAGAGGUUCGACUAUAUAAUGGACUUCUUAAAACGCACAGCUGGAGCGGAGUAUGUGGGCUUCAGCAAUGCGACCUUCCAGUCAGAGAGGGAGACAGGCGAUAGGAAUUUUGCCAUUGGUUAUUACCUCAAGGAAAAAAAGUGCUUCCCUGACAAUGCCGACAUGAUUGCAGCCCUCGAUUUCUACUUUCAGCUGUGCUCCAUAGAGGUCACAUGUGAGUCUGGCAGUGUCAUGGCGGCCACGCUGGCCAACGGGGGCAUUUGUCCCAUCACGGGGGAGCGUGUGCUGAGCACCGAGGCGGUCCGGAACACGUUGAGUCUCAUGCAUUCCUGCGGGAUGUACGACUUCUCUGGACAGUUUGCCUUCCAUGUGGGCUUACCUGCUAAAUCCGGGGUUUCAGGUGCUGUGCUCCUGGUGGUCCCCAACGUCAUGGGCAUGAUGUGUUGGUCUCCACCUUUGGAUCGCCUUGGGAACAGCGUGCGAGGCAUUCAUUUCUGUCAGGAGCUGGUCUCUCAUUUUAACUUCCACAACUACGACAACUUGAGACACUUCACCAAAAAGCACGACCCCAGACGACGGUCAGAUGAUGAGCCGAACAAGUCAGUGGUAAACUUGAUGUUUGCGGCCUACAGCGGGGAUGUCUCUGCUCUGAGGAGGUUUGCACUUUCAACUUUAGACAUGGAGCAGAGAGACUAUGACUCUCGCACAGCUCUCCACGUUGCUGCUGCAGAAGGCCAUGUUGAAGCUGUCAUCUUCCUGACUGAGGAAUGUAAAGUGAACCCUUACAUCAAAGACAGAUGGGGCAACACGCCUCUGGAUGACGCCAGCCAGUUUGGCCAUCAUGUCAUCGCCACCAUCCUGCAGCAGUACCAGCAUGGACACACUGACGGAGAUUCAUCAAGCUACAAGGAGGAGCAGAAGGUUGCCAUGGACACGCUGAAGAGCAUCAACUGAAGGACGAGGAGAGGUUUUAAAAUACACUACAAGAAAGCACUUGGGUAGCGCAAAAUGAAACAGGGUGACUGAGACUGAUGAUGAAUGUAUGCUGUUAAGAUAUGUAUUAAUGAUGUGCAGGGUUACAUUUUUGUUUUUAAAUCAAUUGCUCAGUAUUUAAUAUGGGAUAUGGCUUUUUUUUUCUGUAUCUGACUGUUUUAAUCUAAUUUAUAUUUAAAUAGGGAAGUACAUCCUACUGCGAUUGAUCAUUGCAUACUGUAUAUAUAUCAGGGGGUUUUAUUCCACCCCUGAAAUCACUGUUCCUCGUGCUGAUUGGAGAUGAGUAUGACGUAGUUGUGCCUUUUAUUAUGGUUAACUGUUCUGUUGAGCAAAAGAGGUUGGAAUACAGAAUAUGUUGAUGACAUAAGCUAACAAUAUUGGUACUUUAUGUUCCAAAAUAGCGUUUGCUCGCUAAAGUGUGCAUGUCUGAUUCAUACAUUGAAGUACUUGUGGUCUUUAUCAACUACAGUACACAGUAUGUCAUCAUUUUGUAUGUUUUUAAGAGUAACUAUAGCUGAGGCAUAAAACUAAACCCUCAGUGCUGGUCUGUUCUUGUAUCUAUUGGGUGCGUUCACACUUGUCAUUUCACACAGUACAAGACGAAACAGGCAGACCGAAAGGACCGAAGACGGGUCUGCCACCUGCGACUCCGGAGCUCCAGCCAGUUGCCGUAAUUAGCCUUUCAAAGUUCUGUGUCGCAGUUGAGCGUUUGCUGUGCCAUUCUCCGCCAAAGUGCUAGGGGCAGUGUUCAUCACUCCACCAGGAGGAACAGCACGACAGAAAAGGAACAUGACAAUAUGUUUAGGAAACUAUACUUGUAUAUGUGGCAUUACUUUCAAUUUAGUGGCCAAAUAGGUUUUGUGGCUGCAAGUGAGUUUUAAUUUAGUGGAAACAGGCCCAAAUGGCUCUUGAUGCGAAAGGCAGCUUAAAUUUUUGGUCCUGCAAGAGUGAACGCACACUAUGUCAUCAUGAUGUGAAGAAAACAAUGUUUAGCCAGUUUCAGUGAUGUUAUUUUAAUAAACAAUAUACAGUAUUAACAAGCCCACAAGGGUAGCACCAGAAAUGUGUAAAAAGAAGUUGUCUUGUUCACAAGCUGACAGACGUGAACAUUUGCUCAGUCACGCAUAGAGCCUGAGCAUACUUUGGCAAGAUUCAUAAUAAUGAACAUGCAGAAGAUCAGACGUGCUUUAAAGCGAUAAAUGAUUCAUUUGUAUUUUUUAAUAUGUGAGACAAUUGCAUUGAAGCUAUCACUUAAGGCCCUGAGGCUCCUCCAUGCCGGAGUGUGUGAGCAGCUCCCCAUCCCAAAGUCCAAAAGCGGGACAGAGCGGAGUCUUGAAACGACCGCUGACGGCAUGAAUGAUCCUGGGUCUCUCAGUGUCUACCAGCCCCAGAAGCCCCGCCUCAAAGUCCAGCAGAAUGCCGACUCGGUCCGGCUUGCCUACCAGGGUCACGGGAACAAUCUUAUUGUUGGUCAUGGCGAACCACUUGCGCUGAGCGUAGCCGAACACCCAGGAGGAGCUGCUUGUACCAACGCAGUCAUCACGGGCCAUCAGUGCUUCAGCCACACCCACGCGAAACUCCUGAGACUUUUUGACCGUCACCUCCCAGUAGUGGCGUCCGCUGCUGAUCUUCUUGUCCCCAAACACAACCGCCCAGUCUCGGAAACGCUCAGGGUUGUCUUGCACAUGGCUGGGGUCCAGACCCAGCAUGCGAUAGAUGACGCCAGUGUCUUUCUUGAAAAGAUCCAGACUGCUGUGAGCUGUCCUCUCAUCGAGACGGAACUGCAGACCUACACACACACACAAACAAAACCUUUUUUUUUUUUUUUUUUUUUUUUUAAAACAAA